AUGGUGGAAUCUGUAGUGCGAUAUCGGCGCCAAUUGGCAGCCAUGAACGACGAGCCGGCGACUGACGAAGAAACCCCGUUCAUCGGCACUCCGCCGUUGCGACGAGGCUCGAGUAAAAGCUUUGGUACGGAAGGGCAGUCGGGGAUCGGUGGAGCAAGCGACGAGUAUUCCGGACUGCAAGUCGGGCACGAUAAUGAGCCGCUCAUUUUCGAAAAUGAGACGGCGAAAGAAGAGUCGGCUCUUAGGAUUGCGUCACAAGUGUUUUUGCCCUUCCUGAUAGCCGGCGUGGGAAUGGUGUGCGCAGGAUUACUGCUCGACAUCGUUCAGUGCCAAGCUCUUGUGGUCGCCUUUCUGGCGUCUGUUGCCGCCGUUGGACUCGGCUUUAUCCCUGACGGGACUUACAACCUCCGCCACGGAUUAGUUUUGUGUGCUUCCGCUCUUACAACGGCGUCUUUGGCGAGUUUCAUUUUAGGAGUCAUAAUGAUCUUCGUGAUCAUUGGUAGCAGAGAGUUCGGCAUCAAUCCUGACAACGUUGCGACUCCGAUUGCUGCUUCGUUGGGAGACUUGACGACUUUGGCGCUCCUUGCGUUCACUGCGAAGUGGCUUUACGCAGGUCAGAAUAGGUGGCCGCUAAUAGCGCCCAAAGAACGACUGCUGCGGAAAUACCUAAAUGAUGGCGAGGAAAUGUCCUCAAACAAACGUGGUGCUCAAGACGGGCUGGACUCCCGUGAUUUGUGCCAUGUUGAUCAGCAGGUUUGGGGAAUGAUCCUCGGAUACGCCGUGGGCAUCUACAAGGGGAUAGCCGUGUUUCAACCGGUGAUCAACGGUGCAGGUGGCAACUUGGCCGCAGUUCAAGCAUCCCGACUGUCCACAUUCUUACACACCAGGUGUCCGUUUGGACAACUGCCUGCCAGUUGCCACGGCACUGUCUGGGCAAACCCGUGUAAACUUUUCGCCGACCCAGGUUCGGAAUCCGCUACAAUAAGGGUACUCUUGGCAUUUGUGAUUCCUGGGCACGUGAUAUUCGCGCUUUUCAUCGCAUUUUUCAACGCAGGACACACAGCCGUUUCUCCUGCGUUUAUGGCCUUUUAUCUCACCGCAGCGGUGCUCCAGGUGACAUUACUGCUGUAUUCCUGCCAUGUUUUGGUUCAUUGGAUGUGGAAGAAGAGCAUUGAUCCAGACAAUUCUGCGAUACCAUAUUUAACUGCUCUUGGCGAUCUUCUCGGGACAGGAUUUCUCGCGAUUGCCUUCCAUUUCUUGUUUGCAUUGGGCAUUGAUCAUAAAGAUUCAACCAUUGAAGCGUUGAGCUGA